GUGGGCUCGCUGGCGGUUGAUGGUGUUUUGCAGGAGUGGCUUCCGCUUUGGAUCAAGGACUCGAGGAAUGAUGAGCAGCACGCCUCCGAGUGGAAUGUGGCGACAACCCUUGAGCCCAUCAGUGUCUCGCAGGUGCGCUCGGCCAUCCUCUUCUUCGGCAGGAGGAAAGGCCUGGGCUGGGACUCCUUUCAUCCGCGGCUGCUUGGGGAGCUCUCGGACGCCUUGGUUGCUCGAUUUGCGGCCAUCUUAAACCGGUUUGAGCUCACUGCCAAA